AUGUCAACGGUGCACUCGGCUAGGCAAGGAAUGCCUUCCGCAACCGACUCGCAAGCGCAGGAGUCCCCUGCCAAGAACCGACAGAAUGAUAGCAUUUUGCCCAUCCCCACUCCUCCGCAGUCCUUGGUUUCUACAAGCUCGACGACCAAGAGAAAGCAUGAAGACCCCCAGACAUUUGUCUUUCCACAGGCAUCAAAAGCAAUCAGAUUUAAUCCUCUUCCGACAGAGGUGAUUUCUCCUGGGGGCGACAUCUGGCCACCAGUCGAUACAGCAGAAAUGCUCUGCUCGAUCUAUCGAAACGAGCUAAGCAUCCACUUUCCUUUCGUCACACCUCCAAACAAACCUGUUCCAGAGCUGCAGACCAACCAUCCUUGUCUUUUCAAGGCUAUGGUUAUGGCCGCCUCUUAUCAAAAUCGCGCGCUUCAAAUGCAAGGGGUGCAGCUUUGA